CUCCUGCACAGGCGCGCUGGUAGCGGGAGCACGUGCGUGGAGCGGUUCUGUAGCUAUGGAAGAAGACUUGGGAUACAGCAAAGUUGAACAUGUGGUAGGCUGUCAUGUGGAAGAUGCUGUAACAUUUUGGGCACAGAAUAUCAAUAGUAAUGAUGACAUCUUGAAAUUAAGCUGUGCACUGGCUGAAGUGUGUCCUCAGGCAAACUCAAUUUUUGGCAAUCCUGAUCUUAAUAAGAUCUAUGGAGGCUGUUUUUCUGAAGAUAAAUGCUGGUACAGAUGUAAAAUACAGCAAGUGAUCAGUGAUGAAAAGUGCCAAGUGUUCUACAUUGAUUAUGGAAAUUCUGAAAUUCUAAAUCGAUCAGAUAUAGUUGAGAUUCCAUGGAAAUUGCAAUUCCCUGAAGUGGCUAAAAAGUACAGAUUUUGGGGACUACAGAUUCCACCUAAUCAAGACUUAAACCAGUUUGAUCAGGGGAGGAAGUUCUUAUGCAGCCUAACUUUUGAAAAAAAGAUAAGGAUGCGACACAAAGCGCUAUAUCAGGAUGGUACCAUUGUUGCCCAGGCAGAAUGUGGAGAAGUGGAUAUCGGGGAAGAGAUGGUUAAGAAGGGGUUUGCUGAAAAAUGCAAGUUUCCUCCCAAUGCUAGCAGCUGUGAAGAGAAAAAUUCAGAUUCAGUUCAGUGCCUGGCUUGGAAUGUAAAAGGUUCAGUUCCCUUGUGGGCAAACAGGUGCAACCCUGCAGUGUACAGCAGAAGAAAAGCAUGUUUUGGUGACCAGCUAGCUACCAGCCUAAGGAAUUCUACUGGAAACCAUAUGCCACUUGCCAAGGAAAAAAAUACAGCUUCUGACUUCAGCGUGGGAUCCAACAUCAGUUUGGCAAAAAUAAAACAGGAUCAGGCACUAUUUGAAGAGAAUGAAAAGCUUAAAGGGGAGAAAGAAGCUAUUAAGGAACAGAAUCAAAUUAUCCUACAGAACUAUAAAGAACUAGAAUUGAAGAUGCAACAUCUUAAAUGUGAACUGCAGGAAGAAAAGAAAGCUUCUAAUGAAACUCAGAAACAUUUGGAGAAAACUUUGCAAAUAUGUGUUGGAAUUAAAAUGAGAAAUUUGGCUGCCAAGUUCAAGAUACUGAAAGAAGUUAGGCAUAAAAAAAUGAAUGUUCAUUUUGGAGAUGACUUAUCAGAAGCUGUGGAAGUAGUUACUGAAGGAUGCCUCGCUACUCCGUCCUCCUUGGAAAAUUUGGAGAAGAUUUGGACCGAGUAUAACUUGGCUCAAGAGAUGAUUCAGUUAUGCAAAAAUGUGAGUGAAGGGGAGAGCUUGAUUCUCAAGAGAAACGAGGUGCAACAGAGUCUGUACCAUGCAGUGGAAGAAUUCAUUCUGGAAGUGGAUCAGCUGCCUCUCUCUGAGCGCUCAAGAACUUUACAGAGACUGUCUACUUCUCUGGAAGCAAUGUAUGGUGAAGCUAGUGAAGCAGAUGACUCCAAGGAGGUAUUUCAGCAAUUCUUUGAGUGGAAGCAUUUUAAACUGGAGGAAUUCAGUCGUGUCAGAAGCAGUACAGAUGCUUCAUUGCAAAUUCUUGCAGGAUGGUUCAGUGGCAUCAAAAAGUUUUUUGACUUGACAUCAGAAGUAACUUUGAAUUCAGAAGAAGUGGUUGGUAACGUGGAUGAAGUUCUUGAAAAUGUUGAGUCAAAUAUUUGCAAAGAGCUGGAGAUUUCUUUAGUUGAGCAAGAUGAAGCGGAUAAGAAAAUACUCUUAAAUGUAUACAAUAAAGUUAUACAGAAAAUCCAUCAAGAGCAAUAUCUAAUUACUAUAGUGCAGAGCAAGUACCUGGCCAGUGUGGAGUUUAAAAAGCAGAUGGUGGAAUGGUUGAAUAGGAGUCCCAAUAUUGAGAACUUGUUAUUAAUUAAGAAGGCUUUGAAAAGCUUAAAGGCACGACUGAGAUGGAAGUUGGUGGAAAAAAACAACUUGGAAGAAACAGAUGAUUACAAUGACUGUGAAAUGACGAAAAUAAAACAAGAAAUCACUACACUGCGGAAUAGCCUCUUUCAGGAAAUACAUAAAGAAAAAAAAGAAUUAGAGAAACUUAAUUACCUGGUGCAGAAAUGGUUCCCUGAGCUGCUACUUCUUCACCCAGAAGCAGGGAUUCAAAAGUAUAUGAAUUCUGGUGGGCUUCUGACGCUCAGUUUGGAACGAGACCUUUUAGAUGCUGAACCACUGAAGGAACUGAGCACCAAGCGGCCUUUAGUGUGUUCUGAGGUUCAAGAUCAGAAGGUUCUUUUAAAGGGAUAUUCAGUAGAUGUGAACACAGAGGCCAAAGUGAUAGAAAGAGCAGCUAAGUAUCAUAGAGCUUGGAGUGGAUUGAAGGAGAAAUCUGGAUUAUUACAGCUGAUAUACCUUUUUUUGUGCAAGUCUGAUCCUUUGGCUUAUCUAAUGGUUCCAUAUUACCCAGGAGCAAGUCUGGGAGCAUUGCAAGCUAGUAAGCCUCUGACUUCAGAAGAAAUAUUAAAAGUGAUGAAAGGAGUGGCAUGUGGGUUGCAUACACUGCACAGAGCUGAUAUAGUGCAUGGAUCAUUGCACGAAAAUAAUGUGUUUGCUGUGAAUCGAGAGCAGGGGCUUGUGGGAGAUUUUGAUUUCACCAGAUCAGAGGAUCAGCGUGCCUCUGCAAAUGCUAUGAAAGCUGGGACCUUGAGCUUAAUUUCACCAGAAUUAAAAAUGGGACAGCCAGUUUCUCCAGCCUCUGACAUGUAUGCCUAUGGCUGUCUUCUAUUCUGGCUUUGCGUUCAAGACCAAGAAUGUAGGAUAAAAGAAGAUGGAACUCCUAAAUUGGAUGGACUUAAUGUGGAAGAUAAGGUUAAGUCCCUGCUGUUGAAUCUGAUCUCCUGCAACAGAAUGACAGCUGAACAGGUGCUGGAGGCAGAUUGUUUCUUGUGGCCCAGCAUGAUCUCGGUUCUCCCACAAGAUGAACCAGGUAAAGAACAUGAAUAUGAAAAGGCAAAAGAAGAAAGCCAGGAUGUAACUGGCUUGGAUGGUAAGGAAGAGGACAAUGAGAUAGACACUUCUCAAUAGGCCAAAAAACUCUUCAGAUAUUUACCUCAGAUACUUGAAUUUCUAGCUCCAAAAGUAGUUGUUCUAGUCUCUCAUAUUCAGAAUGUAAAGAAGAAAAAUAGGAUUAACACAGUCAUUUUUUUUUCUGUAUUUAAAACUGUGGUUUCUUUGGCUUUUAUUUUAAAGGCAUAUUUUUUAAAGUAACCAGUUGAAGUUAAGAGAAGGAUACUGCUGACAGAGGCAUUUGCAGGAUGACAUUUGUCAACCUUCUUUGCUUUGAAUAUUCUUUAAAUGAGAAGUUAUAUGUUUGAUAGUUGUACUGUUUGCCAGAUGCCAGGAAAGCAGAGUGAGAGAGUCAUGACUAAUUUUCAUUAGUCCCUUGUCCUCUCCCUAUUUUACUCUGCUUCUAAAUAUUUCUGUUCAAGUAGAUAAGUUCCUUUUACUAGAUGAUUUGCUUUUGUAUGUAUUUUUCCAGAUAGGCAGAUACUGCAACUGCAGCUACCUCCAAAAACAAUAAAAAUAACCCCCUCAUCUCACCACCAGCAACCAAACACUUCCCUUUCUAUGCUACUAUUCCCUCCCCCCGCACUUCCCCCCACAAAAACCCUCUCAAAACCCAUCACUGGUCUGACAGCUAGUCAGUAAAGCUGACAGAGAAAGCCAUUCAGUAUGGUUUUUUUUAAUUCCCCUAUGAUCUAAGCAAGGUAUCUUUGGAACCUCCUUGAUUAAGUAGUCUGAAGAUACGUCUUGAUCUUCUUUUUUCUGUACUGCCACCAAGGCACCUAUUUGGACAAAUAAAAAUGCUACAUUUUGCUUAUCA